GACAAGAGGAGGAUAUAAGUGAACAAGCUCACGUAGAUUCACUAGUCGCGCAUCUAAUGUAUUUAGACGGUUUAAUUUAAUUAAAUUCACCAUCAAUACAUUGGUAAGUUAAGACAAAUACACGUAAAAUCACAAAAGUUAUUGUGAUAUUUUAUGAAAGUUUAUAAUAUGUACAAAGUUUUAAUUUACAAUAACACAACGAUUUAAAUAAAUUAAAAGUAAGAUGUAAAAUGGGAUCGCCAGAAAAUUAUGAAAACAUAUUUUCGACCGUUGACAACGAAGUAUGGCACUAGAAAAUCCUGAACUUGAUAGUCGAUUCUUGGAAACGCAGAAAGUAAGUAAGUCGUCAAGUCCUAGAGGAGUGGAUGUAAAGAAGGUCAAUGAUAGCAAAGAUAAUACGGUCAUACUUAGCAAUCAACAUGUCUCUGCUACACAAAUAAGCGCUGAUAAAGAUAUGUUUGAUCUCGACGACCUGUUGCCCAUCCUUGGAGAAUUUGGAAGAUAUCAAAAACAAUUAUUGUGGUUUAUAUGUUUGCCAGCUUGUUUACCUUGCGGAUUUUGUGCGUUUAAUCAGUUGUUUAUGUCAAAUACUCCGUCUCAUUGGUGCAACAUACCAGAGCUUGGAACUCUGAAUAUGACAAUGAGAAAAAUUAUAGCCAUACCUACAGUCGGGGAACAGAAUAAGACUUAUAGUCAAUGUAUGCGAUAUGACAUAAAUUGGACAAAUUUUAAUUUUAAAGAAACUGCAGAUUUGAUAUCAUUAAGCAAUGAUACCUUAAUACCAUGUGAUAAGGGAUGGGAAUACAACCAAUCCGAAGUACCAUCAUCUGUUGUGAUAGAGUUUGAUCUGGUUUGUGAUUAUGACAUUUACCCAACGAUAGGCUUGGUAGCCUUAAAUGCUGGAGGACCUGUAGGUGUAUAUAUGUUCGGAAGUCUAAAUGAUAGAUUCGGAAGAAGAUUAUCAUUUUUCGCAUGUUUGGCUACAUUGAUAACCGGUGCCAGUUUAUCAGCUACAGCAAAUACUUUCUGGAUUUGGGCUGCAACACGUAUUAUUGUUGGAUUAACAAUUCCAGCAAUAUAUCAAAUACCUUUUAUUAUAUCCCUGGAAUUAGUGGGUCCAAAUUAUCGAUCUUUUGUUACUGUAAUGACUUGUACUUUUUAUACCAUGGGCUUGUGUAUGCUAGCAGGUGUUACAUAUUACAUACAAGAGUGGAGAACUUUAGCCCUUGUAACAAGUUUGCCUUUUUCUAUAUAUUUUCUAUAUUGGUGGUAAG